AUGGUCAUCAACACCUGGGGCGGUCCCUUCACAGCAGCCACAGACGCAGCCUUCGAGGCACUCACUGUCACACCUCAUAAUAAUACCUCGGCUCUCGACGCCGUCCAGAUCGGUUGCGCCACCUGUGAAAAGAAGCAAUGCGACGGCAGUGUCGGGUUCGGUGGAUCUCCAGAUGAGAACUGCGAGACCACCCUGGAUGCACUGAUCAUGGACGGCACGACAUUGAAUACUGGCGCAGUCGCUGGUCUCAGGCGCGUGCGGGACGCCAUCGGCGUCGCAAGGCUGGUACUUGACUACACGCAACACUCCAUGCUGUCUGGCGACCUGGCGACGCGUUUUGCCGUGGACUUUGGAGGAUUCGUGGAAGAGUCCCUCACGACAGAGGAGAGUCUUGCACGGUGUGCCGCGUGGCGGGCAGCGGCAUGCCAGCCAAAUUACCGUGCUGGGCCAGUGGUACCAGACCCGGAAAGGCAUUGUGGGCCUUAUACGCCCUGGGAAUCGAUCGAGAGCUUGGACGUGACGGAGAUGGAGCUGCGGAGGCGGUCAGAUGAGUACGUGACAUCGGACGGCAUGUCCCAUGAUACCAUCUCAAUAAUUGCCAUUCACGAAGAUGGGACGAUGGCAUCUGGUACGUCGACCAAUGGUGCAGUGCACAAGAUCCCCGGACGCGUCGGUGACGGGCCUAUUGCGGGAUCCGGUUCCUACGUUGACGACGACGUUGGCGGAUGUGGAGCGACAGGCGAUGGCGAUAUCAUGAUGCGAUUUCUCCCUUGCUACCAAGCAGUGGAAAGUAUGCGGCGCGGCAUGACACCUCAAGAAGCCGCUAACGAUGCGGUGAAGCGCAUGAUCAAGAAGUAUCCCAAGGCCUCGACUGGGAUCGUGGUCGUCAACAACAAAGGAGAGCAUGCCGGUGCCGGCUCUGGCUGGACUUUUACAUAUUCGUUCAGGGGCGGUAGCAUGAGCGAGACACAAGUGGUGACGGUACCACUGUUGGGGCCAUGA